AUGAAAACUAUCGAUGGGAAAUCUGUAAACUAUAGUCCACAGAACACAUCAACUUCACUAUCUAGUACAAAUGGAACAUUAAAUAAAGCUCAAUCCAAAGACAGUAUUACUGCUUAUUCAAAUUGUCUUCCUAUGUCUAAUUCAGAUCAAAACGAUGAUCAAUUUUUAUAUAAUCAAAUUCAAGAUGAUAUCCUCAUUAAAAUAUUGAAUAAAAUACAACAGUUAACGGCUAAACUUGAUGCUGAUGCUAAUCCACCAGAGGUAAUCCAAAAUUGUCGUGCAAUUCAAGCCUGUUUAGAUACAAUUAAUGCAAUAAAAAGAGUAAAAUCAAAUCGAUCCGAUGAUGAGUGUAGUAGAUCAGAAGUAUCAUUAGCCUCAUACAAUUCACAUUUUACACAUCAUUUGAAUUCACUAAGUACUAAUUAUUCUAUACAACAGCACAAUGGAUUCUCAUCAUCAUCAUUAUCAGCACCACCACCACAACAACAACAACAGCCCAGUGUUAUUCAACCUUUAUAA